GAAUUUUAUGAUGUAAUUUGAUUAAGUUUAUUAAAAAGAAAAUUCAGGAAACAAAAAUUGAAAUGAAGGCUGAUGGAAAAUUAUGAAUAUCAGGAUCCAGGUCAUCAAGUUUUGACAAGACUAAUUGGGGAGACUCGUGCUAAGGAAACAAUUAGAAAGUUCCUCUUCAAUGGAGUUGACGAGCUUGGAAGCAAAACAUUUCUCGACUACUUUCCAGAGUAUGAGUGCGAGGAUGGAACUAUAAAUCGGAAGCGCAGUGUAAUUGGAAAAUCAUUUGAAAGUCGACCCUGGGAUAGUAGAGGAGAAUUUAUUGGUGACAGUUAUGGAUAGACAUCCUGCAUUUUUUAUAUCCUCUUGUAUUUGAAUCACCUUCCUUCUUGCUGUCACCAUAAUCCUACUAUCUAAAUGUAAAUCGCCUCGUCUGCACCAAACUCCUUUCUUCCUAUAUAUCAAGGCAGCCAUUACACUGAAGGAAAUGCAGAAAUCAUGUGGAAGUCAGAUCGAGAGAAAGAUUACGUGAUAUUCUCGUUAGAUAUUCGAGUUCAGUUUCUCAUCCCACUAACCAUGACAUUGCUUAAAAGUCAGCAUGUCUUGCAAAAAUAUGGACCCCAUUUCUUGUUUUUGUGAUAGAUUGGAAGUGUUAAUGGUUAGAGCUUCCUAUUUGUUAAAGAAUAAAGAUAUUUAAAGAUUGUCGUGAAUGGUCCUAGAUAUUUUCCUCGUAGUUUGAUUAUCAUUAUUAGUAGGUUGGUUGCAUAAUCAGCAUAGAACCUUUACUCGUUCAGUUAUCUGUUACCCUUUCAA